AUGGCUGCUGUGCACCAAAAUUUUUCUAAAAUGAUUUCUGCACAGCUGCGAAACAAAGCAAAUGAGUUUCUUAACUCUAGAAAAAAUGCUAAUAAUCUAGCCGACAUUCUUCAAAUGUUUGAGGCUGAAACGGAAAAUUAUACCCCGUUGCUUUUAACAAUUGAAGUGAUCUUCACGGAGCUAUUGAAACGAGGCGAUUUAGUUCAACAUAUUGAACCCUUAAAACCAAUAGACCGUAGUCCCGAGGCAGAAUACACAAGAUGGCUCAACGAGUGUUAUGAGAGCGCUCUCUCUCGUGUAGUGGAAUGUAUUCGACGCGGACGCACCAGCUCUCGCCUCCAGGCCCUAGUCACAGCCUGCAAAUUGAUGCAAGCCGAGGGAAAAUAUCCUUUAGAACAUACCAGUGGAUACUUCUUCCCAUCAGUUAGAUUGAAGAAUAUAUUUUGUGUACUCCUGGAUUCUGAAAUUUCCAUGUUAGCACCGAUAGCACGCUUCCAGGAGUUCACUGAAUACAGAGAUGUGCAGCAACAUGGUCUUAAAGUACUUUCAACACUGGCUUGUCAUAAAUCACCAUCUCAGAUAUACAUGCAAAAUUAUCUAGAGUUAUUUGACAAGUUGUUGGCAACAGAAAUACCAUCGGAAGUAAGGAAGACCAAAGAUAAGAUUGGUGAAGAAGAUUUCAAAGUAUUGUGCGCUAAUGACGGCAAGCCAUCAUUCCCGUACAACACAUCAGUGUGUCGUCGUUAUGCCAACCGUUGCUGGGGUUUCUCGUGUCAGUGGCCACUAUGUGAGUCCCCCCGGUCUCAUCGCAGAGCCCUGGUGCUGCUCGUUGAGAGACUGAUGCCCAUACUAAACAAACCUCAUCUGGCAACCGACAUGCUCUGCGACAGCUUGGAUGCAGGUGGUCCCAUCAGCAUGCUGGCUCUCCAAGGCAUGUUGGAGCUGGUCCGUCACCACAACAUCGACUACCCGGACAUGUACGACCGCCUGUACGCCAUGUUCGAGCCGGAGAUGUUCGCCACCAGAUACAAGAAGCGACUCAUACAUCUAGCUGAUAUAUUCCUCAGUUCCACUCACCUACCCGAGAGCCUGGUGGCAGGGUUCGCUAAGCGUCUGUCUCGCCUAGCGCUAGUAGCGUCUCCUGAAGAUGCAAUGGGUCUGUUACAACUAGUGGGCAACCUCCUACUGAGACACACUGCACUCAAACGAAUGAUUUGUUGCGAGGACACACCCGCUGUCAUGUCCAACGACCCGUACGUGAUGGAGGAGUCUUCAGCAUCCCGGUCCAGAGCCCUAGGUUCAUCUCUAUGGGAGGUCCGAGCUUUGACGCGGCACUGGCAGCCCACGCUGGCCGCCGUCGCCAGGCAGGUCACUGACCCCGACAGACGAGCCCCCAUCGAUAUCGAUCAUGCCGGAGAAGAGAUGUUUGAUGCAGAACUAAAGAAGAGGUUCAAGACGAUAGAAGUGAACUUCAUUCGUCCCCAGAGUAUGAUGCUGCCGUCCGGGGAGAGACUCGGCCAGUACUGGGAGAUAACGGCCUGA